ACGAUCCUGACACACACUCCCAAGCGCCUUCCUCUUUUUGAGACGACAACUGAGUUCCGGUAUCACAAGAUGGCAAACGAGGACCUCCUGAAGAUCCUCGAGGCUCACGGGCAGCAAUUUCUGCAAUCUUUUGACACCCCUGUAACCAUAGGGAAGCGGAAGGAUGGACCCACAACCACUGAAGACAGGAGCACCAGGAAAAAGAACCGUCAAGAAGAUGAGUAUGAAGAAGAGUGGGCGGGAAUUGGGCAGGGGUCGAGUUCUGGCGAGGAAGAAGACAGCGAUGAUGAAGGGUUCGAUGAGGACGACCCAAGUGGCGGAGAGGGAGAGUCCGAUGACGGGGACGACGAGUUCACGUACGAAAGCGGGUCACGUCAGCCGGAUAUCGUCGUAUUCUCCGAAGCGAGCACAUCCUCCAUGAUACCCAAGAAAUCGAAAUCAGGCUUCAUGUCCUCGAAAGUCACUAAACUGACGGAGGAAGCAAGGAGACCAGCGAAUAAGAAAUCUUCCGAGGAUGACGAGGACGACGAUCUUUCGAACGCCCAGAACGACGCUCUCCUACAUCGACUGGUCCAUACCCAGCUCUUGUCAGGGUCUCUCAAUCCUGACUUGAAUCUGACACCGGCUCAGCGCAAGAAAGCGCUCGCCGGACGCGUCAUGGAGGCUGCCGGUAAAGCCAAACUCGGUAAGGGGGAAGCCGCAGUACGACAGAAGGAGCACAACCGGGCAGCGAAACAUGUCCGGGACGGACUUACGGAGAAGAAGAAGGAACGGCAACAGAAGGAGCUGGAGGAGGCAAAGCAGCUGGGGAACUAUCAUCCGGCGCUGAAGGCCCUGUACGACGCGUCGUCCACAUCGCACUUGCGAAAGAAGAAGCGAGAUCGCGGUAUGAAGAUGGGCGUUGGCUCCUUUAAGGGUGGUAUCCUCAAGCUCAGCAAGAGCGAGAUCAGCGCCGUUGAAGGUAGGAGUCGCGGUGAAAGCAGGGGAACAGGCUCUCGACGGCGGGGUGGAAAGCGCUGACAUCACUGCGCUUUCAAUUUCGUGUAUGACACAUGGUGGUAAGCUACCGUGCAUACGAAGGCAUAUGGCAUAAUUAUACAU